UACGUCGAGAUGGAGAAGAGAUUCAAGGUGUGGAUAUACAAGGAAGGAGAACCGCCCAUCGUCCACAACGGGUCGGGCGCAAGCAUCUACGCCAUCGAAGGCCACUUCAUGAGUGAGAUGGAGGGCAAGACGAACCCCUUUGUGGCGCGUCAUCCUAUAGAAGCACACGCCUUCUUUCUUGUUGGACCCAAAGCCAACGGUUACUGGGAACACAUGAAACGACUGAUAGCAGAUUACAUAAACGUCAUUGUAGACAAGCAUCCGUACUGGAAGCGAAGCCUCGGUGCAGACCAUUUCAUGGUGUCUUGUCAUGGCUGGGCUCCGACCAUAUCGCAUGCGAACCCUGAGCUCUAUCAGAACUCCAUCCGGGUGAUCUGCAACGCCAACACGUCCGAGGGAUUCAAGCUUGGAAAGGACGUGACGCUGCCGGAAGUGCAUCUCUCGGACGGACUGCUCUCGCAGCCACCUCGAGACCAGCUCCACACUGAAAGGACGACUCUCGCGUUCUUCGCCGUUGGCUCGCAUGGCUACAUCAGGCAGAUGCUACUCCACCGUUGGAAAGGGAAAGACACGGAGGUGGUGGUCCAUGAGUAUCUUCCCAAGGGAACGAGCUACGGUGAGUUGAUGAGGAAGAGCAAGUUCUGCUUGUGCCCGAGCGGGUACGAGGUGGCGAGCCCCACGAUCGUGGAGUCAAUAUUCAUGGGAUGCGCCCCGGUGAUCAUCUCCGUGGACUAUCCUAGUUCUCUGUGUAAGAUUAUGUGGUCCUAUUUAAUUAAGUAA